GCUAUCCGCUUCUCGUCCAUUCAAUUCCCACCCUUCGCGAUGCACCGACAGUCGGUUGUACGGCUGGCUUGCCAGUAUGGAGGUCUUCCGCUGGUCGAACUACCUCCGCCAUACCUCGCUCCAUCGCUUCACUUCUCCCUGAUCCGGCCUCCCGUACAGUGUUCGAACUUUUCUUCCACGGCUGUGGCCGCUGGUUCCGGACGUGAUCUGAGCAAAUCUCGUGGAGUCUCUGCUAUCCAUCGUACUGGCCCUAAGUUUCCCUUGGGAGUUUCCAAAUAUCCAUUGCCAAAACCUGCAACGCCAAGCAAGCCUACACGAGCCAAUCCUACUCCCAACCAUGGUCUCUGGGAUUUCUUCCCCAGGAACAAAGAGUCAUUGAGCACUCCAGAAUACGACAGCGCUCAUGGUCGCGCAUGGUCCAUUCAAGAGCUCCGUGAAAAAUCCUGGGAAGAUCUUCAUUGUCUGUGGUGGGUUUGUGCCAAGGAACGCAAUCGCAUAGCAACAUCCGACUUGGAAAGGAAGAGAUUGAAGGCGGGCUACGGAGAAUUUGAGGCUAGUGAGCGUGAUAAAGUUGUCCGCAAGACGCAAAUGGCCAUCAAACUCGUUUUGCGCGAACGAUGGUACGCUUGGGAAGAUGCCCGUCGACUCUACCAAAGGGGCUACCGACCAAAGGUAGAGGAGGAUCUUGAGUAAUAAGGAUGCGAUAUCGCACAGACACGCAUUGAUCGGGCUUUCUGGCACUAGAUGCUUCUCGCAAUAUGUAGUAUUCCUUUCGCCAUUACCUGUUAGCACAAGGUCUAGUUCAUGUAUUUUUUAUGGACGCAGAGAGUACAUUCCUAUGAAUUUUGGAAGGAAACAAAUGCCAUGGGCUACAAUCUUUUGCUGCGUGUAACAGCAUUGCCAUCUUAUCGCCGCUUAAUGGAAACGAUCGUCAUUGCAAUUCCAAUAGUGGGAAUUGGGUGCUAAUAGCUCUUAAUAGUAUCUCUGCUCCAAUUUCUAAGCCUCAAUCUUAAGUGGUAACUAAUAAAUAAUAAUAAUAAUAAGAGUGUGGUAUAUAAGCUAGCUGGGACCAAUUUGCUGUUAGUGCUGGCUCAUGAAUAACAUCUAUGAUUGAGGGGAGCUCCCGUUACUAACAGUAUCCUCUAUUCCAGCCCUUAGAAACACGAUUGUACUAAUUGAAAGCAUUUCCCCCUCGUUGCUGGCUGACAAAGAAGAACACCGCAAACACUCGCGACAAGUCAUCAUCCAAUCUCUUAUUUCCUUUUGAUCUAACCGCUGUACUCGUCUUCUGUUCCUGGGUAUUUCAUCAUCAAAUAUAGAUAUCGGAGAAAUUCAAGGGUGGGUUUCUGCUGAUCAGUGGGACAAGUGCCUAUUCUCCAUCACCUCUAUUGUUCUGGCUCUCGCGAUGCUUAUGAAGUCCGUCUUUAGUGUGCGGCGUCUUUAAGUUGUUAGUCGUUACCGUCGUCAACUCUUGGAAACGAACGGUUUCCAACAGGAUAAGACUCUAGUGUCCUGCUCAUUGAUCAGACUAGCUAAAUACCCCAGUUUUCUGGAAGACCGUUGAGAGAUUCAUAGUAGUUCCUGGGUGAUUCGAGAAUGACGACGCGACGCCACUGGUGUAGAUACAGGCCAUGAUCUUCACACUGGGAAAUAGCCAGCAGGAACUUGAAGCAACGGAUCUUUUUGACUGGUUGUGAUGGUCAACACUUCAACUUGUCACUGUAGAUAUCGUUUACCACGGCUUUUUG